AUGAAGACCCACAAGAGGAAGCAUACAAGCGACUGGGCAUCUUCUGGAGAGAAAGGGAAGGUUGUGAAUCUCAAGCAUUUGCAUAAAGAAAGUGUUUCGGGCAAAGUGUCUGUUAAGGACAAGGGUCGAGUCAAGAAUGCAGUUGAUGCUAAUGUAAAGAGAAGUAAGGAUAAGUACGACGGUAACAGUAAUAGUUUUGGGGAAGAAACUUUGUACUCGGUGAAAUCCAAAGGUAAGAAGCGAAAGAGUAAAGAGAAUAGUCAUCAGAAGCAUAAAAAGAAGGUAAAAAGUGACGGAGUCGAGGUUAAUGGUAGACGAGACAAUGUUGGUGGUAGAGAUGAGCUUGAUAAAGACGCGAAAGGCAUUGAAACUGAGCCCAAUGCAAGAGAAGAAGGUGAUACAAAUGAAGAGAAGUUUCCUCAAGAGAAGCUUCCUCAAGAGAAGCUUCUUCAAGAGACGAAAUCCGAAAUAAAUUCACCAACAUCAUCUUCUUGUUCUUCUUCUUCUUCAUCAUUGGUUGUCCAUAAAAAUGGCACCAAAUCUGUGUGUUUUGAAACUAUGGACAGAGCAUGUGACCUUAAUGAGGAGCAACAAGCGCGACUAUUGGCGGCAGCUAACGCCAUGGUUGAAGAAGAGGAACUCAACGAUGGGGAAAAUACCCCGAAGGAGUUGGAAGAUGGGGAAAGUGCAAAUACAUUGAAGGAGUUGGAAGAUGAUUUUUCAACAGCAGCAAAUAGUGAUGAUACUUUCACGGCAAGGCAUUCUGAUGAAGAUUACAAGGGCAUCUUUGAUAUAGAUGACCUUAUCCAUGUAACUGCUGAAAAAGCCAACAAAUGGUACGAGGAAAACGUACCUUUGGAAAAAAGAGAUAAACCAAGACCUUUUGUACGUGACGAGGACGAGAUAAUUGAUUUCUAUUUGGCAGGUGUAUGUCGCCUUAGAAGUUGGACAAGGGCCCAGUUGUGUGAGCGCAUUUGGACAGAGGAACGUAAGGUUGAUAAGUUUUGGAAACAUGUAUGCAAAGCGAUUUCAUAUAGGAGUCAGUCAAGCGUUUAUAAACACAUUAGAAGACGGUAUCAUAUUUUUGACACGAGAGCCAAAUGGACGAGUGAAGAUGAUGCGAGACUACGAGAUUUGGCUGUUGUUCAUGUUGGCAAGUGGAAACAGAUUGGUGAACUUUUAGGAAGAAUGCCUGAGGAUUGUCGCGAUAGAUGGAGAAAUUAUUUGAAAUGUGGUAAUUCAAGAGCAUCGAAGAAAUGGAGUGCUGAAGAAGAAGCGAGAUUGAUUAAAGUUGUCAAUGAAUUGGUUUAUGACUUGAGAAUCACCACCACCACCACCUCAGAAGAUAGUCUAGAGCUGGCAAUAAAAAAGAUCAACUGGACUAUUAUUAGUGAAAAGAUGAACGGUACUAGAUCGCGUAUUCAAUGUCGAUAUAAAUGGACCCAACUCAAUGCCAAAGAGAGUAAAAUAACCGUGCAAUGCAAAAUGAGUACUAAUAAUAAUCAAGUUGAGAUUUGGAUAUUGAAAAAGAUUCGAGAAUUGAAAUAUCCAUCUUUGGAAAAGGUCAAUUGGAAAAGAAUCAUGAAAUGUUAUAACAAGGAGAACCUCGAUGAUAGGAGAUGGGGGGUAGAUGAUAGGAGAUUGGUGGAUGAUAAGAGAUUGGUGGAUGAUUUUAAACAACUUGUUUACUCUUUGAUGGAAGCUGAACCCAAUUCAUCCAACCUGAAGGAGUUUCGAGCUUUUCUCAAAAAAAGAAUCAAAAAGCUUGAAGAGGAGCAACACAAGACCAUCGUCAACUAA